CGUUAAGUAUAGUGGCGUCACUGAUCGCCCGCCAUUCUCUUCGACGCCAUCUUGAGCAUAUGAUCAUUGUGGUUGUUGUGGAACUUGUACACACUUUCGUGUUUUUAAAUUCGUAAAUUCAUCAGAAAUACAUUAAAACGUAACAAUGGCACGUACCAAGCAAACGGCCCGUAAAUCAACUGGAGGUAAAGCUCCCCGUAAACAGUUGGCCACUAAGGCAGCGCGAAAAUCAGCGCCAAGUACUGGUGGUGUCAAGAAGCCCCAUCGUUACCGCCCUGGUACUGUGGCGCUUAGAGAAAUUCGUCGUUACCAAAAGUCCACAGAGUUGCUCAUCCGUAAGCUGCCGUUCCAACGGUUGGUGAGAGAAAUUGCUCAGGACUUCAAAACCGAUCUUCGCUUCCAGUCUGCUGCCAUUGGAGCUUUGCAGGAAGCCAGUGAGGCCUACCUUGUAGGUCUCUUUGAAGACACAAAUUUGUGCGCCAUCCAUGCUAAGCGUGUCACCAUCAUGCCUAAAGACAUUCAGCUGGCUCGGCGAAUUCGUGGAGAGCGUGCUUAAGUUAUGUUUAGUGUACUUUAUGAUAAAUUAUUUGUAAUUCAAAUAGAAGUUAAUUCCAUAACACUUUUUAUAAUGUCUCGUUUAAUUCUUAUUAACUUGGUAAUCGUUAUUGUAAGGAGGCAGCAGAACUGAUUUUUUUAUAAAUAUGUUCUUUGGUAAGAUGCUAUGCAUUUGCAUAGGAUGCUGUAGUUUAUGUUUUUGACUUAAGUAUCUUCAUUUGGGUUCAACUUUACAAAACAGUGCAGUGUCCCAUGUAAGGACAUAGUUGUACUUUAGUGACUUGUGGUAUGAAGUAUUUCUAGGUAGCGUAAUAGGCAAUAUUGGCCACAUGUGUGAGAAUUCUGUGCUUGGAGUAUUUUAUGCACUCUUAAAAUAUGUGUAAUGAUAAUUGGUGUUAAAUAAAUAUAAUCUAGAGUACCUAUAA